UACAACGCAACACAGCGACUCUGCAAAGUGCAAAGGCGAGGAGGAUGAAGAUGAGAGUCAAUAGCAAAAGCCCUUUUCUUUCACCUACUGCGACUUCAAUUGGAGUCGAUUCCCAUUGAGAUUCACGGAAUCCGAGGCCCCUCUAAUCCUAAUUUUGCUUCAGCUGCAGGCAUCGUUCUCAGAAAAAUGGUACCUAAUGAAGGAGAUAUUGCAAGAGUAAAGCGAAAGGCUGAUGAUCAGAUUGUCUCAGAAGAAAAGAGGAAAAAGAAGAAGAAAAAGAAGCAAGUUGCCACUCCUCGUCCUGCAUGCUCAUGGGUGUACUUUAGCCGGGAGUUUAUCAAGGAGUAUAGUGCUUCUCAUCCUGAGUCCUCUGGUCUUAAAGCUGCCACAAAGGCUGCAUCGGAUGCUUGGAAGUCUAUGAGCCCGGAGGAGAAAGCAAAAUACACUAAGCGUGCUCGUGAAGUGUGGGAUAACUACUUGAGUACAUCUCCUGCCCGUAGCCCCAAGCCAAGGAAACAGAGUAAGCUUGUAACAAGAUGCUCUCCUGGACGCUUAUUCAAUGUGUUACAGCGUUUCACACCUGAACAGAAGGCUGCGGUGAAGAGCAUGGGAUUUGGAAGCCUUCUUGGCCUUAGAUGUAGGACACUCCGCCGCAGUUUGUGCCUUUGGCUAUUGGAGAGGUUCAACACUACAAGAUGUAGCUUGGAGAUUUGUGGUGAGAGGGUUUCUUUAUCCCCAAAAGAUGUGGAGCUUGUGAUGGGAUUAGUGGCUAGUGGAAAGGAUGUAGUGAACUCAGGGCCGGAUGAUUUGAUUGCAAACUUACGUCAUAGUUACAAUGCUACAAAUCAUGGGAUUUCAGUGCGACUUCUAGAGGAGCGGUUGGCAGCUCCAGAAGCAGGAGAGGAUUUUAAGAGAUCAUUUGUCCUCUAUGCAUUAGGCACUCUGCUGUCCCCAACAGCGAGGCUGGACGUUAGCCCAUCGUUCCUCCACUUUUUGACAAAUAUGGAUGUUGUCCAUCAGUACAACUGGGGGAAAUUCUUACUUGACCGUCUAGUUCGAGAAGUAUCUCGCUUUCGUCUAGGGAAGCAACUGGCAGUUGGUGGUUGUCUGUUGUUUCUCCAGCUCUUUUACUAUGAGAGCAUCUCCAUUGAGGGAUGUGCUCCUUUGUCCAGUGCAGUUGUUCCAUGCUUGUCUUCAUGGGGUGAGGAGGAGAUUACUGAGAGAGAAAGACGAGAAAAAGAACUUGGUGGCUAUGGCUUAGGACAGGUGAUAUGCAAGGAGAGGUGCCUUGGCAUGGAGUCCUCAGAGUGCAGAGAUCAACUCGAUGGCCAACCAGUAGACAGCAUAGGCAUCACGGUUAAGCUUGGUCCUGUUUUUGAGCAGGAGGGGAAACAGCCUGACAAAGAACAAAUGAACGGGGAGAUUACUAUGGAUGAGGAAGAGAUGCCAAUUCUUAUUAGGAGUGAAAAUGUUGUCUGUGGGGACAUUGAGGUGGUGGUUGAUUCAGUCAGAAUGCCGUGCCGGACCAAAGAGUACGGUUGUAAUGAAACAGUAGAUUACAUGAAUAAUGACCAUGAAGAAACAUGCAUCUAUGCUCCAUCAUGUUCAUGCCCGCUUCUAGACUGCAGCUUUGUUGGCUCAUCUGAUCAGUUGUCACUACACUUCAGCAGUAAACAUUGGGAUUCUGGAAGGCGCUUCCGGUAUAAUAGCCCAUUGGCUGUCUCCUUAGGGAUGCAUGAACAGUUCCUUGUUCUUCAAGCAGAGGAGGAUGGUGUUCUUUUUCUCCUGAACAAGGGUGUUGAAAGUAUUGGGAACACUGUCAUGAUAACUUGUAUUGGACCAAGCUCAUCAAAGGGAAGAUUCUUGUAUGAUCUUGUAUCAGGAAGAGGAAGCAGCUCUUUGAGAUUAAAAUCAGUGACAGAGACUUUUCCAGGACGGGUGGAAGGUUUUCCCCAAAUGGAUUUUCUUCUGAUUCCAUUUCGUUUCAUUAGUAGGUCUGGACAUAUCAACUUGGAUGUUUGUAUAUGGAAUUCUACAGAGCUUGGUGCAGAUUGCCCUUGAUUACUAGUUUGUAAAGGGUAUAGUAUACCACUUUCCUCUCUCUUUCAGGGGCCUUGGAAAUAUUCCUUGUAAAAUUAUGGUCUGAGAAAUCAGAAUGGAAUAUCUUACUGAUUGCCUUGGACAAACAAAUAAACAGAUUGAUAAAAGGUUGACUAGGAUCAAUGUAGUCUCUAAUUGCUGAUCUGAAACUAAGUUGAAGAGUAUAAAGAAGAUGGUGCUUGCAUUC